UUGAAUUCCACAUCUCUUUCGUUUUUCGAAUCACGAACAGCACAGCUCCGCCGCCAAAGGAAGAUGGCGAACCGAGUCCUUCACAGCCUCGGCAGUGGCCUAAAUCAGGCCAGAACCAGGGUCCGAACACAAGGACUGGCUGUUUUCUCAAGCAGGGGGCUGGCAGCAUCCAACCACAGACAUGGUGAGGACAGCUGGUUCAAGUCCCUGUUUGUGAGGAAGGUCGAUCCAAGAAAGGACGCUCAUUCUAAUCUUAUAGCCAAGAAGGAAACGAGCAACCUCUACAAAAUUCAGUUUCACAAUGUAAAACCUGAGUGCCUGGGUGCCUACAAUAAGAUUUGUGAGGAUGUCUUGCCAUCAAUCCAUGCUGAUAAGCAUUACCCCUGUGAGCUGGUGGGAACCUGGAACACGUGGUACGGAGAGCAGGACCAGGCUGUUCAUCUGUGGAGGUAUGAUGGAGGUUAUCCUGCCCUUACUGAGGUCAUGAGUAAACUUAGGCAAAAUAAGGAAUUCAUGGAAUAUCGGAACGAGAGAGGAAAGAUGCUCUUGUCCCGUAAGAACCAGCUCCUGCUGGAGUUUAGUUUCUGGAAUGAGCCUGUACCCCGGAAGGGCCCCAAUAUAUAUGAACUGAGAAGCUACCAGCUCAGACCUGGGACAAUGAUUGAGUGGGGUAAUUACUGGGCUCGGGCUAUCGGAUAUCGUCAAGGAAACAGCGAAGCAGUAGGGGGCUUCUUUUCACAAAUCGGACAACUCUACAUGGUGCAUCACCUAUGGGCGUACAAAGACCUGCAGUCACGGGAGGAUACCAGGAAUGCAGCCUGGCAACAGGAGGGCUGGGAUGAGUGUGUGUAUUACACAGUUCCUCUUAUCCAACAUAUGGAAUCCAGGAUAAUGAUUCCUAUGAAGAGUUCUCCACUCCAGUAGAUGGCUCAAGAAAUCCCUGCAAGAAACCGAUGAAGUGAUGUGUGCUUUCGAUGGCAUCUGAAUUCAAACGGCCAUGAUCAUCGGGAGAUAUUUUAACAAACUAACUGUCAGAACCCCCCCCAUUUAAAAAAAAAAACAUGAACAAAAACACAGCACAUCUGUAACUUUAAAACACAUUAGAAUGGAACUCCUCCACACUCCAUAUUAGACAUACACAGAGCAUAUCUUCAGACUGAAUUUGUGGCAAAAGAAUAUAAAACACAACAUUCCAGUUUAGAAGAAUACUUUGGUUUCUAUUAAUCAUCCAACCUUUUUAAUCUGCCCUUCCUUUUCCCAUGAACCCAUACAUGUCUACAGGGUAGUUAAGAUAAGCUCCCUUGUGAAAGGCUGGCAUACUGUAUCUUCCAACGGUUAAUAAUACUUUUAAGUGGGUCAGGAGCUAUCAACCAUGACAAAUAACUCAUCGUUAUUUGGUCAGAUGGUUAACAUAUAUAAUGUUUCAGGUAUCUCUACCACAAACUACUUCAGUUGAAAAUAAAUAUAUUAAUGUUAAGUUAAUCAUUCAUGCCUUAGCUGAGAUUUAGCACUGAGAGCUAUUGGUAGUGGUAUUUAUUGGAAAACGUGUGACAUUUUACUGCAUUCUCUGAAGAUUUAAUGCAUGUCCAGUUCUUGUAUAAGACAGGCUAAUGACAUUGUAUGAUUUUAUCAGAUUAUCGUUUUUCGUAAUGAAGGUGUACAGUUUUUAAGAGUUUAUAGUUUAACUCCCUGUGUUGAAAUCAAGUUUUUAAUUGAAACUGUUCAUUUAUGUUUCUCUGUAAUAUGUCUAUGAUCAAGGCACAAUACUGUAUAAUUUACAGAACAUAAAGUUUAUUUGCAGUG